CGACAGAGGAGGAGGUGCAUGCAGGAAUAAAGCAAACAGCCCGCUAUCUAAGCUCUCAGAGCUGUCGCCAUUUCCGUGUAUUUUUUCGGGAGACCUUGAUGUAUAUUUAAUUAACUGUCGCAUACUGAAGUCUUUUAGGAGACAAGUCGUUCUGGGAGUACUUUGAAGAAGAAAGCGAUAUCCGGGAGUGUAGCUUUUGCGGCCAUCCGAUUAACCACGUCAAAUCUGUCAGCCAGUAAAUUCACAUUUUUGGUGGUUGUGUUUUUGCUCAAUCCUGAAAUCUUAAAGACACUUGCUACUUUUUCUCUCGUCGAUCAUAUCGUCUUACAGAAGCUGUUUUUGCUAUUAAUUCGGUUGUUAUACCGAAGGCCGCAGAGCUAACUUACACUCACACUGCUAGCCUCGUUCCCGUGUAGCGGCUAAAGAACUAAACCGUUUUUCGUGUUUUAUUUCGUUAUUAUUGUAAUAAAGCUCAGAGAUCAUACACGGGCGUACAGCACUUGAGGAUUCAAUGUUUUUCAUCUUUCUCUGAGGACCUUUCUACCUCUGUGUUGUUAAAUUUAGCUAGUGACGGUUAACGUUAGCUGCUUCCGGCGAGCUGGAUACGCCACUCAUCUCAGGAUAAACUACGCUCUCUGCCUCCUGCCCUCGAGGUUGAGCCAGGCUUCAUUUUUGUGGCGGUUCCGGUCAGGGCUCUCAGUUAUCACUCAGUGAUGUCGGAAGAAGCAAAACAGACCUCCGCGCCUGCCCCCGCGUCCACGAUGGACGCCAAGUCCGAUUCCACUGCCUCACCACCUCCAGCUCAGGGGGUUUCUUCAGUGUCUCCCCCCGUAUCCACCAUAACGCAGUCUGCACCACCCGCAACUGAGGAUGAGGAGGAGGAGAGCGAAGAUGAAUCAGAGAUUCUGGAGGAAAGCCCCUGUGGGCGCUGGCAGAAACGGAGAGAAGAGGUAAACCAGCGUAAUGUACCAGGUAUCGACAAUGCUUACCUUGCCAUGGACACAGAGGAAGGCGUGGAGGUGGUGUGGAAUGAGGUCAUGUUUUCUGAGCGGAAGAACUAUAAAGUACAGGAGGAAAAGGUGAAGACAGUGUUUGAUAACCUCAUCCAGCUGGAACAUUUGAAUAUAGUGAAGUUUCACAAGUACUGGGCAGAUGUGAAAGAGAACAGAGCCAGGGUUAUUUUUAUAACAGAAUACAUGUCCUCUGGGAGUCUUAAGCAGUUUCUAAAAAAGACUAAGAAGAAUCACAAGACCAUGAAUGAGAAGCCUCCUAAAGACAUAUCUGUUGCCAAUGUCACCACAGCCGUGGACAUCUAUUCCUUUGGAAUGUGCGCCUUAGAGAUGGCUGUGCUGGAGAUCCAGAGUAACGGAGAGUCUUCAUAUGUGUCACAUGAAGCCAUUAAUAGUGCCAUCCAAUUUCUGGAGGACCCACUGCAGAGAGAGUUUAUUCAGAAGUGUCUGGAGGUGGACCCCAGAAAGAGGCCCACAGCCAGAGAGCUGCUUUUCCAUCAAGCUCUGUUUGAAGUGCCUCUUUUGAAACUACUGGCAGCACACUGUAUCGUCGCUCACCAGCACAUGAUCCCUGAAAAUGCUUUGGAGGAAAUUACCAAGAACAUGGACCCUAACCAAGUAAUCUUGGAAAGGAAGGAGGUCCAGCUAAAACUCUCCCAGUUUCCCGCAUUGGAGCUUGACAAGUUCCUUGAAGAUGUGAGGAAUGGAAUCUAUCCGCUGACUGCAUUCGGCAUUCCCUGCCCACAGCAGCCCCAGCAGGAGGCUGUCAAGUCCCCCAUCGUACCACCCUCCGUCAAAACGCCCACGCCUGAGCCUGCAGAACUGGAGACCAGGAAGGUCGUACAAAUGCAGUGCAACAUCGAGCCUGUGGAGGAAGGAGCAAAGCAUCAUUUGACGUUAUUGCUAAAACUGGAGGAUAAGCUGAACCGACAUUUGAGUUGUGAUUUAGCGCCAAAUGAGAAUGUACAGGAGUUGGCUGUGGAACUGGUCCAGCUUGGCUUCAUUAGUGAGGGGGAUCAGCCACGUCUCGCAACUGUGCUGGAGGAGGCCUUCUCAAAAUUCUACAGCCGUAACGGCUCUCUAAAUCCUGUCACCGUUUCCUCGUAGCAGAGGGUUGAAUCUGCCAGCUUCUCGCCACCAUUUUAUCUUCACGCACGGGACAGAACUCUAGCGCUCCAUCACUCAGAGGAUUGUGUGCGAGCUCUGCGGGGAGAGAUCCAGAUGCCUCGAACUGAGCCUUGAAAACAAAACGACCCCUACACUCUUGUUUUUCACACCACUAUAUGUGGCGGAAAGUGUUGGCGGAUAGUUCCCAUAUACAUUUAUUGUGUCGGUGUAGCAGUCUGCUUCUGUUUUAAAAGAAGAAAAAAAAUGACUUGGUUAUUAUUUAAGUCAGUAUUACAAGCUGUUUUUCAGAGCAUUUUUGCUUACAUUAUGUGUGGGAUCUGUUACUUCAAGGAUUUGCUGAAGUGCAAACCUUAUGUUGUCUUUUUAGGCACAUGUUUUCAGUUGGUCUCUCGAGUCUCCCUCUGUCAUUCGUCUUCGCCAGAGGAAUGCGUUUCCAUUUUAAUGAGAAAUGUACCUUUAAGGUACAAAUGAAUUGUUAACCUACGCAAGAUCCACUAAGACUGUGAAAGGAAAUGGGUUCUCGAAACAUUAAAAGUUAAAAUAGCAAACCGAUUAUUUAUCUAAAGGCGUAUGAUCUAUCUUUAAAUGUUUCACUUUUGACUUUGCGGCGGCUGUUUUUUUUCUUCUUCCUGUGAAUGUAGCUUUUUUAAUGCUUUCUAAGAGAAGUGCACUUGAUUUGGUUUUUAGAUUUUUCCUUUUUGUCUCCCACGUAUGUGACACGGUUAUGAGUUUCAGUAUAAAAGUAAUGAUCUGCAGAGCCCCAAAUGUGUUAAAAUGUGCCUUCAACAAAGACACAAUCAAUCUGUGGUCAGACCCAUAGACAAACGCUUGUAUCAUUUUUUUUUACAUUGUGCAGAUCCUGUUUUUUUUUUUCUUACGAAAACUGUCCAGCCACCAUCUGGUCUGCAUGUAAUAAUUUUAUGGCACAUUUGCAGCAUAUUAAAACUCCAAACAUAUGCUUGUUACCUCAAUAAAAUCUGAGUUCAUCUUAAUGGUACAUCAGCAUUUGUCUGUUACAAGCUACUAAUUUGAACAAUACAUGAAAUAUGGCGAUAUCCAAUUGCUGUCGUUUGAAAGGGAAAAAGUGGUUUAUUUGUUUUAACAAUUUGUUGAGAUGGGUUUCUUUUUUGUUGCAAACUGUCCAAGAUGUUGACUGCUUCAGACAUCAGACAAUGGAGAUGAUGCUUGGCACACUCAAAAGCAAUUUCCUCAAAGAAAUUGUGGUAAUGCAGGCCAGCGAAGACAAAUGCUAUCAUUAUAAAAUGGAAAAGCAUGAUUCAUUCUGUGUGGCUGUGAAGGAAACAACAGGCUUUUAUGAAUCUUGCUCUGUGAAAUACUGAGGCCAGAACCACGAGUUUAUUAUUUGAGUGUUUAGUUUUUGUAUCAUGCAAAAUAUUGGAAAACUUCUUUUACAUCUCUUAACCGUAUCUUUUCAGAGUUGCACCCUUUCUUGAUAUAAAGAUGAGAUAUAGACAA